AUGGCGCACUACCCUGAUCAGCAGGCAUAUGAUGGCAUGGAGCUGCUCGAUUGGCUGUUUGAUCAAAACGAGGGAAUCCUCCGGCACGAGGAAGCGGGACAACAUCACCACUGGCCCAUACAGGACCCAAAUCAGAUGCUCCAGCUGGCCGAACAGGCGGAUGCAGACUUCCUCAACGCCCUCCUGAGUGGAGGUGAAUCUGUCUCAGACUCACCUCUCUGGCCUUCCUCACCGAGCGACAGCGGGAUAAGUGAGGACCCACCCUCAGACCAGAUGGAUAGCCCUCAGCGGCCUGCGAGCCCCCCUGACGAACUUCAUUGUUUGGGUCUGAAGUCACAAGCCAAAGCAGCCUUGGAGGCCCAAGUGUCCAUCAAACCAAACGUCUGGGAUGCCGAGUUCCCCGUGGACCAGAUGAGAUAUCCACAAUAUUCUUCAGAUGUAGAUAGAGCCCCACUGUGUUCUGGCACAGCUCUGACAGUUAAGGAUCUGCUGCUGAGUGGCACUGCUGAGCCGGCUCCGCAACCAUUCCAGCAGUCCAUUCAGGAACUGAUUCUCAAUGAAGACGAGAAGAAGCUCCUUGCGAAGGAGGGUGUCACUCUGCCCAGCCAACUGCCUCUUACCAGGAAUGAAGAAAGGAUCCUGAAGAAAAUACGCAGAAAAAUUCGCAAUAAGCAGUCAGCCCAGGAAAGCCGUAAAAAGAAGAAAGAAUACAUUGAUGGACUGGAGAGCAGGAUGGCUGCAUGCAGCGCACAUAACCAAGAGCUGCAAAGGAAAGUGUCUCAGCUGGAGAAAUGUAACAUUUCACUAAUGGAACAGCUGCGCCGGCUUCAAGCUCUGGUCAUGAAUACAUCCAACAAGCCGGCCCAGACUGGGACAUGCGUGCUGGUGCUCUUGCUGUCCUUCUCCCUAAUCCUCUUCCCGAGCCUCAAGCCCUACGCUGACACGAAAGUCAGCCAAGGAGACUUCAGCCCAGUCAGAAUCCAGUCACGGUCCCUGCAGGAGGUACAGGCCUCCCGCGUGCUGCACAUCAUCGAUUCCCCAUUGCCUGCCCAAGACGAAUCAGAGAACGUGCAUCGGCAUUUCCCAGGGGAUUCAGGCCUGGAAAUAACCAGCCUGAUGGGGAACAUGAAGCUGAAUCGAGAAAUGGACGUCCUUUCUCCAAACUGCAGCCAGGAGGAAAGACAUGGCCAUUUCCACGUGGACCCGCUCACUGGCCAUGUUAACGCAGUAACCUUGGAUCCCAAACGAUCAUCCAGGCUGCCGCCAAAUGCAGACGACAUGUAA